AUGGCGUUUAAACCGUAUCAGUCUAGUGUCGUUGACCACUGUUAUAUGUGUCGCCGUAUGACUCUUACCUUUGUUCGAGGUCCUGUUGUCAUGUGGCGAAAAGGUUGUUCGUUGAUGUUGUGUUGUGCUCUUUGGGUGGGUUUGAACUGGUUGAGUUUCCGUGUAGGUCUAAUCGUGAAGUAUGUGUCAGGGAGCGAAAACGAAGAUGAAACGGCACAUGCUCCAAAGCCAAAGUCUGGAGUACGAGGUUUUGCGAGGCGUAGGAAGAAGACAGAGGCAGUAAAGGAGCACCCAGUCCAGUCUGGUUUCUACUCGGGAUGUGUAACAAAAUGUUUCAAUCAGAUAAGGGCUCACACACUUAGUGAAGAAAUGAAACAUGCACUUGAAGAUGAGGGAGAUGUAGAAGAUGAUCUGCUGUUGAGAUGCUCAAAAAAGAAAGAUUUACCGCCCAUACCGUCAUCAGAUGCUUUACUUGUAAUCUCUGAUGAUGAAGAGAAGACGGAAAACUGUCCAAAUCUCGGGAAUUCGUCAGAGGAGAAUGUAAAUAUGAAUACGAUCAAAUCCCCCUCUCCACCUCCCCCACCCCCACCACAGGCACAGGGAAGGAAGAGAACUAGAGCUACAAAACAGAAGAAAAAUCUCAUGAAUGCUGUAGACAAUUAUACAAAAAGUUUAUCAGCAGCUGAGAAAGAACUUAAAGCGUCACAACAAAUUCAGGAACCAGAGGUCUGUGUUAUAAAUGACGACGACGUGGUAACUGUGCGGGUAGAUCAUCGUGGUUCUGUAUGCAGAUUUACCAUAAAACCAGACGAUCCAAUGUCUAUAAUAAUAUCUCAGAUAGCAAAGAAGGAGAGUGUUGAAGAAAAAUGUGUCAUGUUGGUUCACAAAGAUAAAACAUUAAAGCCAACAGAUUCUCCAUAUACUGCAGAUCUUCAGAUUGCAGACAUUAUAGAAUGUCAUAUCACAUCUAGCUUGGAAGAUUCACUAAAUGAGAGUAGCUGUGAACAGGACGAUCCCAAUAUAAUAGAACUAGUGGUACAAAGUCAAGGCUCCAAACACAGGGAACUAGUCAAGGCACAUAUUAAUAAACCUGUGUCGACUAUAAUUAGUGAAUAUGCUAAAAGGGUAAAGAAGGACGCUGCAUGCUUGCAGUUUGUUUUUGACGGAGAAGAACUUGCACCAGAACAGACCCCUAAAAUGUUAGAAAUGGAGGAGGGGGACAUUUUAGAUGUCAAAGAAGUAAAUGACUUCUUUAUGCGUGUGAAAAAAAGUAAACUUGGAAGCCAUGCUUCUCAGGGCCAUGCUUCCCAGGAAAUAAUUCAUAUAGUUUGAUUGUUUAUAAUAAAUGAAUUGCGCCUGUUAUUUUUUGCACACAGUGUUGAAGUGGUAAUGCUGGUUUGCGGUAGUGUGGUUAUGUUUUGUUUCAGAUCAGUAGAUUUGCUUGCAUAUGGAAAAGAUUACCUACAUGGUUGCAGGCUUUUGUGAAAUGACAGUAGAUCGCUGUUAACAUCUGCCUGACAUUUGUUGAAAUUACGGAAAGUUGUUAUUGAAAGUUAAACACUGUGUCAUUAUAUACAGAUAAUUGUUCUGUAGAUUUUUUGACAGGGGAAUGUGGGAAAAGAUUGCAGACUGGUUAAUUCAAGAAGGAUUUGAAACACUGGGACAUUGGUGAGAAUUCCUGGAGAUUUAGGUUUUUACUUCAGUUAAUUUCACAAUUGUUUAGGUAACUGCCAUUUUUACGUUGUUAAGAAUUUGAAGCUUUGCAGCUUUCUACACUUCUGGAGAUUGUGUAACGUAAUAUAAAUGACCAGUCUUGAAAUUGUUAGGUGCUCUAUUAGGAAAAAAAACUAACAUCAGAAAUAUUAUGCUAUCUAUAGUAAAGUGGGAAGAAGUUUUGGAAGUUUUACAGAUUUUUGAGAAGUGUUGUGAUUGACAGAAUAUAGUGUUCAGAUUUGUCAAAAGGUUCAAUGCUGUUUUUAACAUGAUAGAGAACAAGGAUGUGAGACAUACUGUGUUCAGUUUUUUUUUUCAGGGAUUCAUACUUUUAUCAGGAAAAUGUCUUCAUAUUUUUAGCUCACCUGUCACAUAGUGACAAGGUGAGCUUUUGUGAUCACCCUUCGUCCGUCGUGUGUCCGUGCGUCCGUGCAUGCUUCCGUCAACAAUUUCUUGUCUGCACGAUAGUGGUUUCAUUUAUGAUUUUAUUUUAACCAAACUUGCACACAACUUGUAUCACCAUAAGAUCUCGGUUCCUUUCUUGAACUGGCCAGAUCCCAUUAUGGGUUCCAGAGUUAUGGCCCCAGAAAGGGCCAAAAUCAGCUAUUUUGACCUUGUCUGCACAAUAGCAGCUUUAUUUAUGAUUUGAUUUUUACCAAACUUGCACACAACUUGUAUCACCAUAAGAUCUUGGUUCCUUUCUUGAACUGGCCAGAUUCCAUCAUGGGUUCCAGAGUUAUGGCCCCUGAAAGGACCAGAAUUAGCUAUUUUGCCCUUGUCUGCACAAUAGCAGCUUCAUUUAUGAUUUGAAUUUAAUCAAACUUGCACAAAACUUGUGUUGCCAUAAGAUCUCAGUUCCUUUGUUGAACCGGCCAGAUCCCCUAAUGGGUUCCAGAGUUAUGGCCCCUGAAAGGGCCAAAAUUAGCUAUUUUGACCUUGUCUGCACAAUAGCAACUUCAUUUAUGAUUUGAUUUUAACCAAACUUGCACACAACUUGUAUCACCACAAGAUCUUGGUUCCUUUCUUCAACUGGCCAGAUUCCAUCAUGGGUUCCAGAGUUAUGGCCCCUUAAAUGUCCAAAAUUGGCUAUUUUGGCUUUUGCAGCCAUAUAGAGACUUCAUUUAUGGUUUUAUUUGAUACAAACUUCCAAAAUAUCUUCAGCAACAAUAAAUCUUGGAUUCCAUGACAAAUCAGAUCCAAUCGUAGUUUCCAGAGUUAUUUUAUAUCUGAUUACCUCCCCUGAUUGUAGUCAAAAUGGAUUUAUAUCAGUAAGUACUUACAGGACUUAUUUGAAAUUUCAUUAUUGUCAUUAGUUGGACCGAGCCAUUCAGGGUAGAUAACUAUGGACUGAUUUUAUGUCAAAUUACCUCCCUUUAUUUCAAAUUAAAAUGGGUAUAUCUCCAUAACUAAUGAAGAUACUGAUCUGAAAUUUCAUUUAUGUCAACAGAUUUAUUUGGCAGAUGCUUCUUUUGUUAACUUACAAUAAUUUUCUUUUGAAUUACUUCCCUUUUACGUUACUAUAAAUAGCUUAUUUUUAGUAACUUUUUUAUUAUUGGCCGUAGGGAAAAACCGAGACCACUUUUCUGUGGUACAACAUGGAUGGUACCUCCAAUUUUUAGGUGUAUUUUGACAUAUCUGUACCUUGUAAGAAUUUUGUUUUUCUUUUUGGUUAAAUUUCUUUCCUUUGUUGUUCCUGUCCUUUGGACUUAGAUAUUUUUUCUGAGGACCUUCUUGUCCUCAAGUGCAAUGAUAACAUGUGAGCGAUAUAGGGCCAUCAUGGCCCUCUUGUUUGUUUUGUGUGAUACAAGACAGUUUUGGCACAAUGUAAUAAGUCCUUGUUACCUAAGCCUUUUCAAGAAUUCUCUUCACACUUAAUGGACUGUACAGUAUAAGGCAUUUCGAUUUUGUAUUAUAUAGUUACUAGGGAUGGGAACGAAUACUGAAAUCAAUAUUCGAAUAUUCGGUUUGCCAUAUUCAGCUUCUUUUAAUUCUUAUUAAGUAAUUGGCACAUACACAACAUAUUCCGUUGUUUAAAACAUAAAACAUAGUACGUAAUAAGGCCUAAAAAUGUUGUUUCGGGUAACCCGACUACCUAGUUAAACCCGCCGACCCUAGCGUUGUAUUUCACAAUUCUGUCAGUAUAAUCCUGAACAUACUGUGAAACCAUUAAUAUUCGUGGGGGGGCUAAUUUUCAUGGUUGAGUCAAUCCACGAAAUUUAAUCCCAACGAACAAGUAAAAUUCCCAUUCUUUUAUGUUCAGUAGUUGAAAUCCACGAAUUUAUAUCCCCAUGAAAUUGCCGUUUUGACCAAAACCACAAAAUUUCAUGCUCUUGAAAUUAACUCCCUGAGGCCGAUAUCGUAACAUACCUGCUGCGGCGAGGUAAGAAUUACCACCUGACGUCGAAGAACAUUAUCUAACCUUAUCAUAAUCACACUCGCAUGCAGUCAGUUGAAAACAUGCAGGGAAACAUUAUUAACUUGGGUGUAAAUUAAAAUAUACUUACAAAAUAUUCGAAGUUUGAACAAAUAUUUUUAAAUCCAAUUUUGUCCGUAGCUUAUAUCCAAAUAGAACAAAAUUUUCACUUCAAAAUAUUCAUAAUUUUAACAUACCUACUGCGUUUAAUAGAUAUUUGAACAUUAAAUUCCAAUAAAAAGAAAUGCAUCACUAACAAUGAAUAUUUACAUCAGCAUUACUGGAAAUUUACACCCGUUUUUGUGCGAGUAUCAAUGGUUUAUUUUGAUGUAUAAUUUCUAAACAUGUACACAAAUGUUGUGUGUCACGCGCUGAGACAGUUAAGUUGUAAUAUUUACAUCCAUCUUUGAAUAAUUAUUAAAUUUACAAACAUGCAUUUAUUUACAUAUGUUUUUUUUGUAUUUUAUGAAACAUGCUUUGUGGUGUUAUUUUUUUAUCCAUUUAAAUCGUAUGUGAUGUAAGUGUACCAAUAUUUCAGCCUUCUAAAACUUAACAUUUUCCGACCAUUCAUCUGUCUGAUAAUGGAAUCGCAUCGUCGGAAUCAGCAUCCGACGGAACUGAUAUUUCAGAAUCAGCAUGAUAAUAAAUAAAUAUUUUCUUCAUUUUAAGAAAGAUCUCUGGCCGACGACAUUAUUUUACUCUUUUGAAAUACAGUAUGAACGAAACACAGCGGAGAUCGUCUUUUUAUUUCAUUUACAUUACCACAUAGUUACAGACAAUUAUUUUAAGGGUACUAAUUAUUAGCACAACUAGUAAUUAUUACAUCAAAGAAAUAAUAGCCAGUAUGCAAAGUAAUUUUGCUUUUGUCAAGAUUAUCAAAAAUUAACAAGUACUUAUCGCAAUCAUCAUGAUCUCGGUGCCGCGACUAUACUCGUCAAUCGCCGUCCUGGGGAGUCCUGAUAACGCGCGUAUAGUCGCAUAUCGACGCUACAGGGAUAGAAAAUAUUACGCCUAUAGUCGCAUUUCGGCCCCAGGGAGUUAAAUGAUUUUACAGUAUUUAACUAAAUCUAAAACUUUUUUAGCUUCAAAAUGAUACAAAAAAAAUUCAAAUCGAUUAUGAUUUAGACCGUCGCAACUUUAUCUAAAAAUAGCAGGUCGUCCAAUUUAAGCACCUGUCGCGCUGUUGUAUUACUGCCAACAUUUUGAAAAUUUUCAAUCAACGUGUAAGAAGCCCAUAAACUUAAUGAAGGCAGACUUGAACCUCCUUCAACAAAAUCUUAUGCAUCAGUCAUAUGUUAUUUCUUGAUUUUAUUAUAAACUACUGCAAAAUUUAUUUCAAUUACGGCUGAUUGCCUUGAUGCUGUAGAUGAGAACCAAUUCUGCAGACAGUUUGAAAUGUUGUACAAAGUAUUGUAAAAAGAUCGCCAAUAUCUAUAAGUUUGAUAUUGUUUUUGAAAAAAAAAAUCUAACAUUUGUUACAUUAAACAGGCACCAAUAAAAAUGAACAAAAGAUAAAAAGGCAUCACAUUUAAGCCUUUUGACUGUUAAUCUGUAACGAUGACCCCUGCCAAUUAUGCAUUGCAAUUUUCUUGUUAAUUGGACAAUUUUUGACAUGCAUCACAUAUACGCAAACUGUUAAUCCGUAAUGGUAGACACUGCCAAUUGUGCUUUGCAAUUUUGGUGUUAAUUGGACAUCUUUUGAUACGCAAUAAACAAACACGAAAGAACAAACGGUUUUAUUCUGCAGAAUAAGCAUGCUUAUAUCGCUCAAAAUCAACGAUACUUAAUUUGAAAAAAAAACUACACUAAUUUACGAAUAUUUGAAUUUGACUUUUGUAUUCGAAUAUUCGGCUGAUUUUCGAAUAUUCGUUCCCAUCCCUAAUAGUUACUGAUUACAAUUGACUACCACACACUGUGUUCCUUUAUUCCUCUUGCUUACUAUUUGUAUAUAUAUGUCUGAUUUCUUAUAGAUGUAUUUUAUAAACAAAAUAAAUGAUAAACUUGUUGAAUAACUAAGCUUCCUAAAUGUUACCAUAAUCAUAGAAACAGGUCUUUUCCUAUUUUCCAGCCUAAACUUGGCUUAGAUUGUUUUCAUACAUGGAUUAAACAUGAAAAGUGUAUCAAGCAAUAAAAAUGAGCAUAAUAUUUUUUAAAAAA